AUGGAAGAAUUGGAAGGCAUGACAAUAGAAGCAAACAAUCCUAGAAAGACUUUGGAUGACUACACUACACCCACUUCCAGAGGCUGUGGAAGUAGCAUAGUGAGGCCUAGUAUGAAAGCAAACAACUUUGAACUGAAGCCUGCACUUAUUCAAUUGAUGCAGCUCCAAACCUUCUAUGAUGGAGUCACUCAUGCCUCGAGGACACUAUUAGACUCAUCAGCAGGGGAAUCACUGCAUAGGAAGACAACUGAAGAAGCAUUGGAGCUAAUUGAAAUAGUGGCCAACGACUACUAUUUCAAAGCCCCUAAUUUACUCUGCGCCAAAAAAUUAAAACUUUACUUAGAACCGCCUUUUAGUUUCAGGGAUUUCAGUUUUUUGAGUGCCUUCUCCCAUGUAUCACACCUAGUUACCUUAUCAAAAAUCCAACUUUCUUUAUUAGAACCCUCAAUUUUUGAUUCAGGGUCAGUUACGCUCUUCAUCUCCUCCCUCCUACUCCGUGCUCCGCCGCUCGUCCUUCGCGCUCCUUCUACGUGCUCUGCUUCCCGUCUGUGGUCGCCGUUGGUGCUUCGUGCUCGACGUUACAACCCUCACAAUCUCAGACAUUCGAACCUCUGGUCUCAGACAUUCAUCAUUCCAGCUGCCAAUCCCGCACCUCAAACCACCUACACCAUUGUGACUCGCGCUUUAGGUAACGGCUUUAUUUCAAUCACGAACAACUGCUCUGCCUCCUGCAUGUGGGCGCCUCCGUUGGUCUCAGAACUCGCACCCCCGCCAGACUCAAACACCGGGGGAGUGUGGUGUGCUGAACUAAAAGCGGGAGUCAGUAACAAUCUACACGCACACAUACUUUAGUGAAGACUACGACAUAAUCAUGCAUUCUUAUGAAGAAGGGAAUAAAAAGGUAUUUAUGACUGAAAUUUUGUUGUUAAAACA